AUGUACCCAGGUCAAAGAAGACAUCAAACAACUUAUAACGGUGGUAAUUAUGGUCCUCCACCAGGUCCACCACCUUCAGGUUUUGCACCUCCUCCAGGUCCACCACCAAAUGGAUAUGGAGGUGGGUAUGGACCUCCUCCAGGUCCACCACCAAAUCAUUAUAAUGGAGGAGGAUAUGGACCACCUUCAGGACCGCCACCAAGUCAAUAUAGAGCACCUCAAGGACCACCACCAAAUGUUCAAAUGCAAAAUCAAGCUUUCAAUGGACAAAAUCAUCCAAAUCAAUAUCAAUAUAAUGAUCCAAAUAAUGGACGUCAUACAUUUAAUAGACCUCAAGCUCCACCUCCUUCAGGUACACAACAUAUUGGUAAUGGUAUUAGUUAUCAAUAUUCACAAUGUAAUGGACAAAGAAAAGCGUUAUUAAUUGGUAUUAAUUAUAUUGGAACUAAUAAUGCUUUGAGAGGUUGUAUAAAUGAUGCACAUGCAAUGCAAAAAUUCUUAAUUGAUAGAUUUGGUUAUAAAUCUGAAGAUAUGGUUAUGUUAACUGAUGAUCAAAGAGACCUGGUUAAAGUCCCAACAAGACAAAAUAUUAUAAGAGCAAUGCAUUGGUUAGUUUCUGAAGCUAAACCAAAUGAUUCUCUUGUAUUCCAUUAUUCUGGACAUGGUGCCACUCAGAAGAAUUUAGAUGGUACAGAAGAAAGUGGUUAUGAUUCAACUAUUGUACCUGUUGAUUUCCAAACUGCAGGACAAAUCAUUGAUGAUGAAUUACAUAACAUUUUGGUUCGUUCAUUACCACCAGGUGCAAGAUUAACUGCAUUUUUUGAUAGUUGUCAUUCAGGUACUGUAUUAGAUUUACCAUUUGUUUAUUCUACAAAAGGUGUUAUUAAAGAACCAAACAUGUUGAAAGCAGUAGGAUCAAGUGGAUUAAAAGCUGCAAUGAGUUAUGCCCAGGGAAAUAUAGGAGGGAUGGUUUCUUCAUUAGGUGAUGCUUUUUCAAAAGUUACAAAUGGUGAUCAUAAUAGACAACAAGAAAUUGCUCGAAAUUUUUCACCAGCUGAUGUUGUUAUGAUUUCUGGUUCAAAAGAUGAACAAACUUCUGCAGAUGCUACUACGAAUGGUCUUUCCACGGGUGCAAUGUCAUUUGCUUUUAUUAAUGUUAUGGCUUCACAACCUGUUCAAAGUUAUAUUUCUUUAUUAAAUAAUAUGAGAUCUGCAAUGUCUGGGAAAUAUUCUCAAAAACCUCAAUUAAGUUCUUCACAUCCUAUUGAUGUUAAUUUACAAUUCAUCAUGUGA